AUGGGUUAUCUAAAGGUCAUCCAUGGAUUAUCUAUGGAUCACCUGACAAAUCACUUACGGGUUACUAGUGCUUCUAAAAAUAAAAAAAAAAAGAGUAUUACUAGUAUCGUGAAAUUGAAUUUCGUAGCAG